UUGUAGAUGGCGGCGGCCUGCGAAUCGUGUUGCGCGUGUUUGUUUUGUAUUUUUAACUCUUAAAACAACCAGUAAUGUGGUGUUGUUUUAACUUCUACGACGGAGUCUGUCUGGAGUACUUACUCACAGGUAGUAGAAUGCCACUCAUUCAAUCGAACUCUAAACGUGAUCGGCGAGUGCGCAUACCCUCAACCACUAACCUCGAAAGUUCUGCUGUGACACCUUUUGUCAGAGGAAAGUCAUCUUACGGCUUUGAAGUUGUGACCUACCUGAGGAUGUCUUGGCUCUUCAAUUCUCACAUUUCGAGGCCAAGUUCCGUGCUUUCUUCUUCCACCCGCGCGGCGCACUGCUUCGAAGUCUUCCCCAUGCGGCUCGGCGUGGCGGCGGUCCGUACUCGGGCCAACUGGACUGUGUGUGAUUCAUACUCCACAGGAAAAGUCGAGAACUAUCUCAAUAAGAUUGCACUUAGUAUUUUAAAAAGAGAUUUUACUGCUCUUCAAUAUAUGCAAAACUAUUCUAGAACAACUAAACUAUUGUUUCUAACCUAUAUAUAA